AUGGCAGAUUCUUCAGAUCCAAACAGAGACAAUCUCAUCAUGGAAGAAUUUCAGACUAAACAUUACUUUCGUCAUAGUUGGUGGCGUAUAUUGCUGAUUGUAACGGCAUUUUUGAGUUUUAUUCUUACUUGUAUCUUCAAUGGGUUAGCCAGUCGUGGUCCGAAUGGAGUGUUCACACGGCAAACUGGAAGAGUGAGUGAUGAAAAUCCAACAGAAUUUACACCUGCUGGUUGGACAUUUAGUAUUUGGGGUAUAAUUUAUUUCUGGCAAGCAGCAUGGUUAAUCUAUGCUAUAAGUCGAAUUCCAAGAAAAUCAAAUAUUAAUUAUCUGUAUAUUCAUCCAAAUACACUGCAUUUCACUGUUUUCAUCAUUUAUAUAAUUAAUAUGACUUUGAAUAUUAUAUGGCUUGUCGUAUGGGAUCGAGGAUAUUUUGGAUGGUCAUUCUUUAUUCUUCUUUCGAUGUUUAUCACUAUCAUUGUACCAAUGGCUAUUACUCAUAUUCUUCUGGAAAGAAAUCGACAAACUUACGUCAAUUCUAAUCGAACGUUAGAUAUUUGGUUUGUGCGUAUAUUUGUUCAUAAUGGUUUGGCUAUCUAUGGAACAUGGCUUUAUCUAGCAACACUAUUGAAUUUGACGGUAUGGAUUUCGCAAAUCUAUAACAAGAACGCAUCAUCAGUUACAGAUGCGUCAACAGCUGCUCUUAGUCUCGUGCUAAUUGCAAUUUUCGUCUAUUAUAUUUGUGAAAAUAUCAUCUUCUAUUCGUCAAUGGCAUAUACAUUCCUUCCGUGGUUUGUUCUCAUAUUCGCUCUGACAGGGAUAAUCUCAAAAAAUGCUCAACGAUCCGAUGUUUCUCAUCGGAACAAAACAUUCGCAAUCGCUCUUCUCAUUAUUUGCUGCAUUUUAUUCUUUGUGCGUUCGAUCCUAUUCAUCGUACGUUAUGUGAAAAAACAAAUUCCAACUGUUCAGGAUCCCUAA